AUGUCACUGUCCGCCGAGGGCUCAAUCGAGGAGGCCCUCUGCCAAAGAAUGGUCUGGCAUGCUUCAACCAUUAACGGAGCGCCUGGCCUCAUUGCUCUCGUUUCUGAUGCCGGUAACUACGGUCCAACACUGACAGCAUUGGCUAGAGGCGGUUGGCGAAUAGCCAUAUUUCACCCGCCAGAGACCAGUUCAACGUUUCUUGAUUAUGCCGACGAGGCUUUUGCACUCCCGAUACAUCGUGAACAAAUCGAGGAGCAGGGUGUCACUAAUCUACCAUAUGUGUUGAACUUCCCAACGUUACCACCACCAGCCCGAGAAGACUGCGCCAUAACCGCCAUGGCACAAGAUUUGAGACAG